AUGUGUUGUUCGGUGGAAUCCCACGAGCUGUCGGAGAUGAUUGCGGAUCUCUCGGAAUCCUUUCCCACCCUGUACCGCGGCUGGUUGCCCCGCAGUCAGGUGCGUGCAGCACUAGAAAGGGUCGGCUUCGCUCUCUCCGGUGGCGAAUUCAGAUGCCUAGUCGAGGAGACGUUUAUGCGACCUGGAUGCGACCAUAUCUGUGUGGCUACGUUGAUGGAAAUUAUUAGAAUGCUACAGGCAAAUCAGGAGAAACAGCAGUUGAUUGAAAAGAAGAGGGAGCUCAGAGACCGAGCUGAUUUAAGAGUCUAUGAGACGGAGGUGCAGGAGAACUCAACAGCCACGGCGAAGCACUCGGUGAGCCCAGCCGAGGAGAGGGCCUUUAUUGAUUGGAUAAAUCGUUUGCUGGGUCCGGAUCCGGACCUUAAGCACCAUUUGCCUAUCGACUACACUGUUGACGGGCAGCUGUACGAGCGGUGCCGCGACGGUUUGCUGCUCUGCAAACUCAUAAACGCCGCUGUACCGGACACCAUUGAUGAGCGCUGUAUUAAUAAGACUCCCACAAAACCAAAUAUCUUUAAGAUAAAUGAGAAUCUUACACUAGCAGUAAACUCAGCCGAGUCAAUUGGAUGCUGUGUGGUCAAUGUUGGCCCGGAGGACAUUGAACAGUGUGCCCGUCACCUAGUGCUCGGUCUUAUCUGGCAAAUCAUUCGUAUCGGCCUGCUCGGUAUGAUCUCGAUUCAGCAUCACAGCGAGCUUAUCGACUUGUUGGAACCGGGAGAGACUGUAGACAAUCUGCGUUUUCUUUCUCCUGAGGAGUUGCUCCUCCGUUGGGUCAACUUCCACCUUGAGAUGGCCGGCAACACGCAUAGAAUGACAAACUUCACAUAUGAUGUCAUCGACUCAGAGAUUUACGCCACGUUACUCCAACAAAUCGCCCCUGAAGAUAAGCAGUCCUUUCUUAUACCCGUAACUGGAAUCAUGGCUGAGAGCAACAUGUAUUGCCGUGCCGAAAUGGUCCUUGAAAACGCCGAGUUUCUCAACGCAGCUGCCUUCAUCUCACCUGACGAUAUUGUGAAUGCAGCAGAACGCGGAAUGGCUCGGGACAAACUUCACCUGGCCUUUGUGGCCAACCUUUUCAAUCUCUACCCAGGUUUGAAGUCAAAACCAUCUGUGGACGUUCCCGAAACACUAGAGGAGAAAACUUACCGCAACUGGAUGAAUUCAAUGGGUGUUGCGCCGUUUGUGCGUGAUCUUUCCAGCGAUCUACGCAGCGGUCUCAUAUUUUUGCAACUUCUAGAUGUCCUGGAGCCAGGAACUGUAGCCUGGAACAAGAUCGUUCGUGUCUUUGAUCCAAAGAGACAGAUAUUCCAGAUGCAAGAUAACUGUGCUUACGUCGUUGAGUAUGCCAACUUACUGAAUGUCAACGUGGUCAAUUUGAGCGGAGAGGAUAUAAGAAAUGCAGAGAGGAAAUUGACAUUAGGACUCACCUUCCAACUAAUGCGAGCCUACACCAUGAAGAUGCUCUCUGAGUUACACCAGUGUUUUGGUCACCUCUGUGAAAAGGACAUCCUUGAAUGGGCGAAUGAGAAACUGGUCUCGGUGGGAGCCCCGAUGCUUGCCAGUUUCCGCGAUUCCACGAUCUCAAAUGGUGUGCCUGUGAUGAACCUCAUCAAUGCAAUCAAACCUCAUUCGAUUGACAAAUCGAUGGUGCUGAAAGAUAAGCUAGCGAACUGUCGAAUUGCAAUCAGCACUGCGAGAAAAAUCGGGGCUAGAGUUUAUGCCCUUCCGGAGCAUUUGAGAGACGUGAAUCCGAAGAUGGUCAUGACGGUUUUCGCCUGUCUGAUGGCUCUUGACAUACAACUCAACGGAGCACCGUAA